AGGCCAUGCGUCGACUGUGGAACAUGGGUACUUGUACUGAUUCAUGUGGUAAUCACAGCCAUUUGUGGUUAAAAUUCAUUGCGUUCCAAUCAGGCCCUGUUGCCUCCGUAAAAUUAGGUAGCCCUUUGCUUCCCUUUCAUUGCUUGGUGUUGACCUUUAUCUCCCUGCUCGCUUGCCCUAUUGCACAGUGGCGGUAGAGUGAUGGACAAGGCUGCUCCCCUCCGGCCCUAGUAGACCCUUAGCCUAGGGACGGCCCCACGGGCAGACAGAAACAGAGCAAAAGCGAAAAGUGGAAGCCUCCAGUACUGACAACCUGACGCUGGUCUACACCGCCCAAACAGAGCAGGAGCAGCCAAUGGGUCCCACUGGCCAGUGGCCACUGCCUCAUCAGUCCAAGCUCAUCUCCAAGCACCAGCUCGAUUCAAAAAUCAAAAGUUGCACGGAGUUCUCUCCUCCCAAUGCAGAUCGAUGGAGCAGCCAAGAUCACUCAUGGCUUUCUCUUUGCCUGACCAGUGAGGACCUCUCCUCCCAUGCUUCACUCGCCGCCCCGUCGUCAUCCACACACACACACCUCAACCUCCCACCAUCGGCGACGGCAAUGUCCGUACGCUUCUUGCUCCGUUCCGCGGCAUUCCUGGCCAUCUUGGCGGCAGCGACGCCGACGCCGUCCGCCGACGUGCCUCAGCCGGUUCCGGAGCCCGAGGUGAAGCCGAGCGACACGGACGCGCUCACCAUCUUCCGGCACGGCGCGGACGCGCACGGCAUCCUGUCGUCCAACUGGAGCACGGGCGACGCGUGCACGGGCCACUGGCUCGGCGUCGGCUGCUCCGCCGACGGCCGCCGCGUCACCUCGCUGACACUCCCCUCGCUGGACCUGCGGGGGCCGCUCGACCCGCUCUCCCACCUCGCCGAGCUCCGCGCGCUCGACCUCCGCGGGAACCGCCUCAACGGCACCCUCGACGCGCUGCUCCGCGGCGCGCCGGGGCUCGUCCUCCUCUACCUCUCCCGCAACGACGUCUCGGGACGCGUCCCCGCCGACGCGCUCGCGCGCCUCACCCGCCUCGUCCGCCUCGACCUCGCCGACAACAGCCUCAGCGGCGGGGUCCCGUCGGCGGCGGCGCUCGCGGGGCUCACGGCGCUCGUCACGCUCAGGCUCCAGGAUAACCUCCUCACGGGCCUCGUCCCCGACGUCGCCGCCGCGCUGCCUCGCCUCGCGGAGUUCAACGCGUCUAACAACCAGCUGUCCGGGCGGGUGCCCGACGCCAUGCGCGCCAGGUUUGGACUCGCGUCGUUCGCCGGCAACGCGGGACUCUGCGGGGCCGCGCCGCCGCUGCCGCCCUGCUCGUUCCUCCCGCGGGAGCCUGCCCCGACGCCGCCGUCUUCGUCCGUGCUGCCGUCCGUGGUGCCGUCCAACCCGGCCGCGUCGUCCUCCGUCGCGUCGUCGUCGCCGGCGCUGGCCACACCGGAGUCGCUUGGCGGGGCACGCGGCCGUAGUAAGGGGGGGUUGAGCCCCGGCGCGGUCGCCGGGAUCGCCGUCGGCAACGCGCUCUUCUUCCUCGCCCUGGCGUCGCUGCUCGUCGCGUGCUGCUGCUGCGGCCGAGGCGGCGGCGACGGCGAGCCCGCGGCGGCCAAGAAGAGGAAGAGGCGCGGCCGUGUCGGCCUGGAGGACGGAGGCGGAGGCGGCGCGCUGUUCGGCCACCUCAAGGGGGAGCAGCAGCAGCCGGGUCGUCCGGGCAGCGCUGGCCGGUGCAGCGACGGCGGCGACAGCGACGGGGCGCGCAGCAAGCUGGUGUUCUUCGGCGCGGACGGCGGCGAGGACGACGACGACGACGGCGACGGUGACAGCGACGGCAGCGCUGCCGGCGCGCCGCUGACGUCGCACCUGCAGCAGCAGGGGCGGCAGCGCGGAAGCUGCAGGUUCCAGCUGGAGGAGCUGCUGCGCGCGUCGGCCGAGAUGGUGGGCAGGGGAAGCCUGGGCACCGUGUACCGCGCCGUGCUGAGCGACGGCCGCAUGGUCGCCGUGAAGCGGCUCCGCGACGCCAACCCCUGCGCGCGCGACGAGUUCCACCGGUACAUGGACCUCAUCGGCCGCCUCCGCCACCCACACCUCGUCCCGCUCCGAGCCUUCUACUACGCCAGGCAGGAGAAGCUCCUCAUCUACGACUACCUCCCCAACGGCAACCUCCACGACCGCCUCCACGGUCACAAGAUGUCGGGCGAGUCGGCGCUGGACUGGACGACGAGGGUGAGGCUGCUGCUGGGCGCGGCGCGCGGGCUGGCGUGCAUCCACCGGGAGUACCGCACGUCGGGGGUGCCCCACGGCAACGUCAAGUCCACCAACGUCCUGAUCGACAAGGACGGGGCGGCGCGGGUGGCGGACUUCGGGCUGGCGCUCCUGCUCAGCCCGGCGCACGCCAUCGCUCGCCUGGGCGGCUACAUGGCGCCCGAGCAGGCUGACAACAAGCGGCUGUCGCAGGAGUCCGACGUGUACAGCUUCGGCGUGCUCAUCCUGGAGGCGCUAACUGGCAAGGCGCCGGCGCAGCACCUUCAUCCGCCGGCGGCAGCCCCGCCCGAGGCGCACAAGAAGGGGGCGGGUACGGCUAUGGGUCUCCCGGAGUGGGUGCGGUCGGUGGUGCGGGAGGAGUGGACGGCGGAGGUGUUCGACGUGGAGCUGCUGCGGUACAGGGACAUCGAGGAGGAGAUGGUGGCGCUGCUGCACGUGGCGCUGGCGUGCGUGGCGCCGCGGCAAGACCAGCGGCCGUCCAUGGGCGACGUGGUGAGGAUGAUCGAGAGCGUGCCCGUGGAGCAGUCCCCGGCGCCCGAGGAGGAAGACAGGGACGUGUCCGUCACGUCGCCGUCCAUCGGUGUCACCACGGACGACGGGGACGGUGGUCGCCUCAGCAGCUACUAGUUUGUCCGAUGUCAUGGGCCAGAUUCUGUGUUCUUUUGUGUGAUCUUGGCAUCUUCUUCCCAUGUAUGGAUUUGGAUCUUCAACACAUUCUUCUCCUCCGGCUUUUGCGCGUCUGAUUGAGGAGAAUGGAUUCAUGGAGUGCUGCGCACUAUUGCAGCUGAUGCAACAUGCAGUUUCCCUGCUUGUUAGAUGGUUUAUGGAUCUUGACCGAUAUGCAACCACUUUCGUUUGUUUGUGCUAAA